CCAGCAGAGAGAUGCUGCGGCGACGGCCUGCUGGAGGCGGCGGCGGCGCCAAGUUCAAGCCGUUCGUGCUGCCCGUCAAGGCAAAGCCCACGCGCACUCAGCCGCAGGAUGAAGACAACGACGCGUACGAAGACGCGGACGCCGCCAGCAACCGCCAGGCGCUGCGCAGCGGCGGGUCGCUGUCCGUCAAGCGCCUGCCCUUCCUGUCCUUCCUGGUGAUGGAGCCCGAGCGUCGCGCUCAGCACGUGCGGCGCCAGUUCAAGUCUCCGUGUGGAGAGGGAGGCCGCACCCAGGAGAGCAACCGCCUGCUGCAGACCAAGACGCUGGGCAUGCGGCGGCGCUGGGGCUCAGCGCUGAAGCCCAUGGUGCGCCACGACCUGCCGCCUGUUGAAGUGGACGUCGAGGAGGUCGAGACGCUCGUGGAACCGGAGCCUCCAGCAGUAGAAGAGGCUCCUGUUGCUGCUGCGCCAGCGGCCGAAGCGCCGCCGCCUCUCGUGCUGUGGCAGAGCGAAACUGACCCAGAGAUCAAGGUGGUGGUGCCAGAAAUCGUCGGCAAGUUCCUGCGUCCUCACCAACGUGAGGGCGUGCAGUUCAUGUUCGACUGUGUGUGCCAAGUCAGGGGCUUCGACGGUCAAGGAUGCAUCCUUGCUGAUGACAUGGGUCUGGGCAAGACCUUGCAGAGUAUCACGCUCAUGUACACGUUGUUGAUGACGGGCAUGGACAUGCAGCCAACUGUGAAGCGAGCUAUUGUGGUGUGCCCGACGUCACUGGUGAAGAAUUGGGACGAUGAGAUUAUCAAGUGGUUGCACGGACGUGUCAAGACUGUGGCGUUGUAUGAGGCGAAGCGUGAGACUGUGAUCAAAGGCAUUAACCAGUUUAUCGAAGGAAGCAAGAGACCGAGACCAGGAUUCUCGGCACAGGUACUGAUCAUCUCGUACGAGACGUUCAGAAUGCAUGCGCAGAAAUUCGCGGAUACUCCAGAAUGUUGUGAGCUGCUGAUUUGUGACGAAGCGCAUCGACUCAAGAAUGCCAACUCCCAGAUUAACAAGGCGUUAUCGUCGCUGGCGUGCCGAAAACGAGUGCUGCUCUCUGGUACACCGAUGCAGAACGAUUUGGAAGAGUUUUUCGCAAUGGUGGACUUUACCAAUCCCAAUAUUUUGGGCACACCAAGUGAGUUUCGAAAGAAUUACCUGGGGCCAAUCUUGGUUGGCCGAGAACCGGAUUCUACAGAUCGUGAACGAGGUGUGGCACAGUCGUGCUCGGCUAUGCUCUGUGAAAUUGUGAACCAGUUCAUUCUUCGCCGUGGUAACAUACUGAACGCCAAGCACCUCCCGCCAAAGCUGAUGCAAGUGAUUUGCUGUCCGCUGUCUCCUCUGCAGGAGCAACUCUACAUGCACUUCCUUUCAUCGAGUGCGUGCCGUGAUAUGAUGAAACGUCAGAGCGCAAAUGUUCUGUCGUCUAUCACAGCGCUAAAGAAACUUUGCAAUCAUCCGCUGCUGAUUUUCGACGAAAUGGGUAAAACCAAUACCAAGCUUCCAGGAUUCAGCAAUUGUGCACAAUAUUUCUCAGCAGCAAAGGAAUCCCGAGAUACUGGGGGUGAUAACGGUCUGCAUCGACGAGGAGGCUUCGGUGGUCGCACUUGCUAUCCAGAAUGGUCGGGUAAGAUGCUUCUGCUCGACCGCUUAAUGUUUGCGAUGAGGAAGACAACAACAGACCGGAUCGUGAUUGUUUCGAACUACACACAGACGCUGGAUGUGGUAUCAACGCUAUGCCAGGAACGCCAUUUGCCUUUCGUUCGUCUGGAUGGAACCACCUCGGCAAAGAAACGGAAGAAGCUUGUUGAUACCUUCAAUGAUCCCACCACGAAUUCAUUUGCGUUUUUACUGUCGAGUAAAGCUGGCGGGUGUGGCUUAAACCUAAUUGGUGCGAACCGAUUGGUACUGUUUGAUCCGGAUUGGAAUCCUGCGACGGACAAGCAAGCUGCAGCUCGUGUGUGGCGAGAAGGGCAGAAGAAGAUGUGCUACGUGUAUCGUUUUCUGGCGACUGGUACACUCGAAGAGAAGAUAUUUCAACGGCAGCUUUCAAAGGAGGGCCUACAAAACAUCGUCGACGAUAAAGAGGAAGUGAAUUCGCUGUCGUCAAAGGACUUGAAGCGGCUGUUUGUAUUCCGCAAGGAUACGUUGUCUGACACACACGACCAGCUGAAAUGUGAUCGCUGCCAAUGGAGAGGCGACGGCGAUGCUGGUGGUGAUGCCGCCUCAGUAAUUACAAUUGAUGACGAUGACGAAAAUGGGAAGGAAUCUGGAAAUGAAACUUCGCCUGAUCGUAGCACAAGUGACGAAGAUAAUGACAAGGACGCUGACAAGUGUUAUCACCCGCAGAUUGGCAUGCCCCCAGAAGAGGAUUUGAACAGCUGGGGUCACCACCGUGCCUACGCCUCUGUCGACGAUGAAGUCAUGCAAGCCGCACUUCAGCAAGUUCAGAAUGAUCUAGUGAGUUUCGCGUUUAGCUGUCGUAUCGAUUGGGAACUACUCCAGGAGCACCAGGCUGAAAACGAAGAAAAAGAGAAUCAGCGUGAUGAAGAGCGCAAGCGCAAGCGUUUGGAGAUCAUUGCCGCAAACAAGCAGCGCGCUGAAAAGGAGAACAACUCGAAGCGUUCAAAGUCGAAGGCGUCGAAAGCCACGGAUGGGUCUGAUGAGUCAGAGGUCGUAUAUUCAAGCAGCAGCGAAGAAGAGCACGACGAAGUUCUUGGCGAAAGUGAGUCGGAGAGUGGGGGUGAAGGUGCACGACUUUCCGCUCCCCGACAAAGAUCUUUAUCCGAUGAAGUCGACAUAUCGUGCACUCCAAAACCGCCACUUCGACGCCCCCCACCAGCAAAGAAUUCGUUGGAAGUGUCGUCGCAUCCUGCUCAGGAGGAAGCACCUCAAGAGUCUGCCGCAGACCCUUCUAAGUUGAAGAGGAGAGUUUCGUUUGCCUCGCAAGUCGAAAGCUUCCCACUGAAGAAGCGGAGAUUCAGUUCAGACUUUUCAGACUCGGAUGAAGAGGACGCCUUCGUGGAUGAUGUCCUUAGCGAUCAACGCUCAUCUCGUAAAGAAAAAGUCGUGGAUUCGGACGAUGAACACAAAGAAAGCGAGGUACCUUCGGUGUGGAGCUGUUCACGUUGCACAUUGAUCAAUCCAAGAUCCAAUGCAAGCUGCUCCAGCUGUGGGCUUCGUUAUCGUAAAACGCGCCCACAAAUCAUCGACUUGGGCGACGAUGAAGAUGAGGACUGGUAG